GUGAACACGCGACCAGCGCGAGGAGGGGGGCUUCCAGACGCGUGCCGCUUUUUAAGCCGACGCAGCGCCUUGAGACACCAGAGAAGGAGUCCCGCACGCGACCCGAAAGCCUCUUACACACACACACAAACACACAAACUGUGCGCAAUUGUGAAUUCCUAGGAACACCUCCUAAUACAGUUAUAGGGGGAACGUUUUCUUGUUAUUUUGGAAAUAUGGAUGUGUUAACGGUGGAAGAGUGGAGUAAAGGCGCGCGGGAGGUUGCAGCUCUGUGUGCGCUGCAACAGGAACGCGUCAGCACCGGGGUGGUGGAGAGGGGAGGGAACCAUCAACUCCAGGUGUCCCGCUACGACCCGGGACAUACGCUCGUGGACGGCGGCAGUGACCCACGCGCCUGGCUAACCGACGCUUCUGGCACCUGCGCGGCACACGCCACAUCACCCGACUACCUGCGGCACUCGCCCUGUCCGAGCACCGGCUCCUACCAGGAGAGUUGUUCCCCCGGGUCCUCGGGCCAUCCCAGCCCUCCCAUUCACAGAAGAUCUGCCAAGAGUCCCUCCUCUUCCUCGCUCAAAGUCAGGGACCUGUGCCGCCUCAAAGGCACCAUCACAGGGCCCGAAGAAGAGGCCCCCCUGAGGCAGAGAGCGCAGUCCAGCAAGCCCGUCAGCGGCGUCCAGAGGCAGAGGCGGGUGGCCGCCAAUGCACGUGAGAGGAGGCGCAUGCACGGGCUGAACCACGCGUUCGACGAACUGCGCAGCGUCAUCCCGGCGUUCGACAAUGACAAAAAACUCUCCAAGUACGAAACUCUGCAGAUGGCGCAGAUUUACAUCAACGCUCUGGCCGAGUUGCUGCAAGGUCCGGUGUCCACCAACAAUGAAAACUCCGACGGUUCACCAAAGCGUGAUAUUUUGCUGUCACCCGCAGAUGGUUUUGAAGGGGCAAAAGAAAGGGCUGCCCAGUCGCUGUCACUUACCUGCAGGACAGCGGUGGCUCUGCCCCUCUCUGGCGAUGCCAUACCUGUUCACAUCAACGGGAUGCCAUUCCGCUCCUCAUUCCAAGAAAACUCAUUCACUGGCAGAGUUGAAAAAGCGAUGUCUUCCCCUUCUUCCUCGUCGUCACUUGUCGGGAAUGGGAGGAAAGAGUCUCCACGAAGCGACGGGGAGUUUUCCCCGCGCUCCCACUUCAGUGACUCGGAUGAAAUAGCAAUGGAGCUCCACUCAAGUGAAGAAGAUGAUCUGUCGGAAAUCAAGCUACCCAGCCACCGUCAUCCCACCGUGUCAUUCUAAAUAGUUUUUGAAUAAAAAAAGACUAAAUAAAAAUAGUUCACUGCAACAGAAUUGACCAAAUUUCAUUAAAACGUGUCAAUCGCACCUACAGCCUUGUAACUUCAGAGGGAAAAUAUUUCUCCUUUGCUUUUCAUUUCGCAAAGAAAAAAAAAUGUUUCCUGUGUCCGCAAUAACUGUUGUUACUUUGUUCGAAAGGCCUGAUUCGGUUCUGCCAAC